GGUAUAUAUUUAGGUUUACGUUGACAGGUUCAUCAUAGGAGACUAGUUAAACAGUUUUCAGAAGCAGUGGAGAUUCAGCUUCGUUCUUCAUCUUGGUGAUGGCGACUAUGGCGACGGCAAAGGAAAACUCAGAUAUAUUUGCAGCUCCUAAUGAUCUUCUUGCAUCAACAAAUGACAAAACUUACAAAGCUUGGAAAGAAUAUAUGGAGGUUAACUUGAAACGGAGAGAUCUACUGGAACCCUGCAUUUCUAAGCCUUACCAUAUGAAUACUUAUAAAUUGCGCGAUAAUUCUAUCAAAAAGAAAAAUAAAUUUCCCAAUGAUAGUAGUGGUAUCCCUGCUCUGAAAUCUUUCAGCACCGAACUGAAUAGAGACAAGAAUGCUCUUGAAGCCAUACAAAAGUCAUGUGGACCGGAGAUGUUGCCGCUUAUUCGCUACGCCGAGUUUGCGAGCGAAGCUUGGACAUGGUUAGAAGAAGCAGCAAAAGAUGAUAAAAAAGAUUGGUACAAUGAGAUGGUAGAAACUGCAGCAAAGUCAAGAGCAAAUCUAGAAAAUGUCCCAGAAGUUAAUAAAGUUCUAACUAAGCGGAACCACGCAAAAUGGAUAGAGUAUAUGGAGAAUGAAUUGACAAGUAAACAUCUUUGGAACGUUGUGAAUGGAACUGAUAGAAAGGGAUCACGAGGUUACAAGUUGAAAAAUCGUAAUGCCUUGGUCACCAUAAAACUAUCAUGUGGUAAAGAUAUGAUUGAUGACAUUUACGCCGAAGGAAACGCCUAUGAUGCUUGGCGCAGGAUAGAGAACAAAAUAGUAGCUUGGCGCAAGUCAGAGGGAAUACGAGGAGCAGCUACUAUUCAAAGAACAGUUUGUAUAUCGACCACUGAUUACAAAAGUUGGAAAGGGGAUAUGCAAAAAUACUUGAAAACUGAAGGUCUGUGGGGAUUUCUUGACAAGGAUAACAAAUUAGAUGAUGCUGAAGAUGAAAAAGCUCUUGAUGCAAUAAAACUUCAUUGCCCACUGCAUAUGCAGAAAUUCAUUUGGUACGUGGAUUGCGCGGAAAAUGCUUGGAAGGAGUUGGAAGCAGAAGAAGAUGAAUUCACAGAAGUUCAUCAUGGAGCACAUGAUGCUGAGCACACCAUUCCAGAAUCUUAUAGAGUUCUAACACGAAGCAAUUACAAUGAAUGGAGCUCGCACAUCAAACUACGUUUACAACGACUGCGACUUUGGAGCGUUUUAAACAAUCCUAAAGACGACUCUAUUAAGUCAAUUUCCGAGAUUAAAAAAGCUUGUGCCCUUAGAAUCAUUAAAGAGGCAUGCGGGCGAGAUAUGCUAUCUUGCAUUUUUUAUGAAAAAUCUGCAUACGAAGCUUGGAAAGGUUUGGAAAAGGCUGCAUCUCGGAGGGAAAAGGAUGUAUAUUUGAGGCAUCCACAUCUAGUCCACGCCGUCAAAAUAGAUAGAUUUGUGCCAGAGAAACAAAACACAAAUAAAGAAUCUUGGAGGGGUGCAAAAUUAUUUUUUCGAGAUUUCCCAGAAGCACUGACUGCUGAAAUAACAAGUGAUGGAUCCACAACUCUUCAUGCCGCUGUUCGGUUAGGCAGAGGUGAUUUCGUGACAGAGCUACUAAAAUUGAUGAGUCCAGCACAAUUAGAAGCAACAACACACAACGGUAAUACUGCCCUGUCAUUUGCAGCCAAAGGUUACAAUAACUUAGAAAUUGUCAAGAUGAUGGCAGAAAAGAACCCGUACUUGCUGCAAAUUGAGAACAAAGAGGAACACAGCGCACUUGCUAUUGCUGCAAUCAACGGAGACGAGACGGUAUUUCGUUAUCUUUACAGCGUAACGCCCAAAGAAAUGUUAUGGCAGUCUGGAAGUAUUGGAAAACGUAUUUCUAACUUACUUACUUCUGCGGCAAGAAUUGAUGCUUUUGAUGUGGUUUUGAAUCUACUAGAAGAACUCUUUGAAGAGAACUUAGCAGAAUUUGUUUUUAGUCGAGACGCCAACGGAACGAACCUUUUGACUGUAUUAGCAGGAAAGCCGUCUUCCUUCCCAAGUGGAAAUAAAUUCGGACCUAUCGGAGGAUUGAUAUAUUGGUUGGCUGGAGUAACCAAGCUUGAUGGAAUAUUGUUGAAAGCUCUCAAAGCAAUAGUUCCAUGUAUAAAAGUAGAACCACUUCAUAGUAGGGUUCAACAUCGUCAAACCGUCAAAAUAGUGGAGCUUAUUCGUCCCUUGGUUUGCGACUACAAACCUGACAAACUCGAAGAAUCAUUAAUAAAUGAUGCAAUUCAUUUAUCAACUAUUCAUGGCAUUAUAGAGAUAUUCAAAGCUCUGUUUAGCACCAAUCUAUAUCUAGAAGAUGUCAAAGAUAACGAGGAAAGAGGAUUAUUUCAAAUUGCUAUAGUAUCACGUCAAGAAACCAUUUUCGAAUACAUAUCUGAUUUGGGUCAGAGAAAUCAGAACAUUGCUCUUCUGGAUAGUGUUGGUAACAACACCUUGCAUUGUGCUGGACUUUGGUUGCAAUCACCUCAUCUAGAUAAAGCACAUGGCCCUGCUAGAUUUUGGAUGCAACCACGGCAGCUAGAUAAAGCACACGGCCCUGCUCUUCAGAUGCAGCGGGAGAUACAGUGGUUCGAGGAGGUCGAGAGAGUGGUUCCACCUAGAUACAGAGAGGCGAAGAACGAUGAUAAGAUAACACCUAAAGAUCUAUUCUCACUCCAUCACAAAGGCUUAGCCGAACAAGGGGAAAAGUGGAUGAAAGAUACGUCACAUGCAUGUAUGCUAGUCACGACUCUUAUUGCCACGGUCAUGUUCGCCGCUGCUUUUACGCUACCUGGUGGCAGCGAUCAGAAUACAGGCCGCUCUUUGAUUGCAACAUCAGCGGCUUUUAAGGUCUUCGUAGUUUGUGAUGCUGUUUCACUUUUUUCCUCGUGCACAUCUGUUUUGAUGUUCUUCUCUAUAUUAACAGCACGCUUCGCUGAACGCGAUUUCUUGAUAUCUUUACCCCGAAAGUUAAUAUUAGGUCUCUCCACCCUCUUCAUCUCAAUUGCUACUAUGAUGGCGACUUUCGCAGCAACCCUCGUUAUUGUUCUUCGUGGAGAAGCUUCUUGGGUGUAUAUUCCGGUGUCUGUCUUAGCAUCCAUCCCGGUUCUCUUAUUUGGUUUGUUACAGCUUCCACUGUUUUACCACAUUGUCAAGUCUACGUAUGGCCGUGAUAUUCAUCGUUGGAUUAGAUUUACUUUCUCCUUUCUUUGUUGUAGGAAAAGAGUUUCUUCAUCCCCUCUUAUUUGUAUUACUUGUUGUCAGUGAUGACGGUGAAGUUAAAUUUUCGUAUCAUUGAGAUCUACU